AUGGAUGGUGCAAAGCCUACAUCUAAUCCCUUCUCUCCCAACACCAAGCUUCACAACAAUGACAGUGAACCAUUUGAUAAUGCAACCUUAUAUAGAAGCGUUGUUGGUGCAUUACAAUACGCUACUAUUACACGGCUAGACUUGUCGUUUUUUAUUAACAAAGUCUGCCAAUAUAUGCAACAGCCGACACUUGCUCAUUGGACGGCCGUCAAACGUAUCCUACGUUAUCUUAAGGACACACUUGAUCUCUGCCUACCAAUUGCUCGAUCCAAGUCCUUUCACAUUUUGGCCUUUCCAGAUGCAGAUUGGGCGGGUUGCAUAGAUGAUCGCAAGUCAAUGGGAGGGCAUGCCAUCUUUCUUGGCCCAAACAUUGUCUUUUGGUCCUUUAAGAAGCAGCGUGUCGUCGCUUGUUCAAGCACAGAAGCUGAAUAUAGGGCGCUCGCGGAUGCCAUAGCCGAAAUAACUUGGCUUCAAUCUCUUCUUCAUGAACUUCAUGUUCUAUAA